AACAAAUGUCAAGCGUUAUUGUGGUUAUGAUUAUUCGUAUAAAUAGAAGUUUUUUAUAACGAAAACUUACUGGAAACUUGAUGAUAAGAAGAAUAUUAAAAAGUAUUCAAAAUGUGUAACCUAAGCGAAAACUAUCGCUUACGAGAAUGUUACUUGCAACGAGACGAAGUGCCGACACAGAGCGCUAUAAGAAAGAGCAUGGGCCCUUUAGCCGAUGUGUUCUUCAAUACCCUGUGUCCUCGACGCAAAGUACUGGUCGGCCUAGAACCCCCCCUCAAAGGAGCAGGCGCCGACUGGUACCUUAAACCAGAGGACUUACUCGAAGGCCGAGCAGUUCUUAAGCCCUUAAAAAACAAAGCUGUAGCCAAACUGAACCAUGAAGGAAUCGACAAGCUCGGAGCAAAAGUGUUCAAGAAACGCUGCAAAGACAUGGAGAGAGAAAGGGAGAGCGUCCUCAGCGACGGCGACAGUCAGUGGAGAGCUUCAGUAGCUAGCGCCUGUAAACAACUUGAGCGCGACCUUCACGAUGCCUAUUCAAAAGCUACGACAACACACGUGUCUAAUGCCUAUAAAGAAUUUGCUAGUUUAUAUAGAAAGUCUUUAAGCUCAAUAGAAAAGUUAUUUCAUGAAUCUUUUAUAGCAGAUAUUAAAAAAACGCGAGAAAAUGCCGUACAAACAAUGCAAGCCAAUUACGCGGAGAAACUGAAGCACCAAACGACGAUUCUGUGCGAUGUUUAUGAUAAAAAGCUGAUGGAAGAAAAAGUUAAGCUAAGACAACAGUUUGAAGAAAAGCUAGAAAUUGUCCGCACUUGCUUGGGUCACAUAAUCCAUGAUAUUAACGUUGAUAAGCAUGUUACUGUAGAUCAUUUGAAACAAUACUACGAGCGACAAAAUCUUGCUUGUAUGAUGUAUGUUUCUAUUAAAGAACGAGAAUUGUGUUUAGCUGAAUUGGAAGAAUCAAAACGUAUACACCAGAAAAUAGCAAAAAAAUUGACAGAAAGUGUAAUUAUUAAAGACUACGAAAUAUACAUUGAAAAACUGAAAGAAAAAAGGCGUCAGAAUUUUCUUGUUCUAUGGCACAAAAAAGUGGCCAAGGUUGUAAAACAUUUUCAAGAUUUUGUAACGCAUUGUUUAUUUGAUCUUCCAGAACAUGCAGAGUUCUUUAUUAAUAUGGAAAAAUUAAUGCUUUUACAAAUUAGUGAGGUACUUGAAAACCCAUCUGCUGAAAGUAUUAUAGUAGUUCAACCAGAAGAGCAAUUGAAGACUCCAGUCCCGCAAGCUAAACCUUUCUAUUUGGUCUGCGACUCCGGGUACAAAGCUAAACUAGAUCAAGAUUUAUGUCCCCGACACACUGGCACAGCUAGUACUGCACAACUCCUGCCUGCCAUCAUCGUCAACAAGAGCUGCCUGUAUGCAGCUUGUGACAGUUUCGAACAGUUCACUAACAAGAUUAAAGCUUACAUCCACGGAUAUGAUAACGAAGAAAUCCCCGAUGACCUCAUCUAUGAACAUUUUCAAAGAUUUAAGUAUACACCAUCUCAACAACAGUUAGAGUUAAAGUUAGAAAGUUCCUUAAUGCGAGUAUUACAAGAAGAGAUUGAUUACGUAAAACAGCUUCCCUUUAAAUGCAGUCACUGCAAGAUGCCUCUGUGUGUGUGCUUAUGUUCCCCGCCACCCUCUGUGUCCGAAGCGGGUAGUGAACUCGUGCCUACUAAACCACCCAUUCAUCUGACACCCUCGCAGCUGCUAAUGCAUGAACAAGAGCCCAAAUGGGAGAGUUAUUUUAAUUACGUCAAGCCCCUAAGAUGCACGUGUGGGAAGACAGUCAUGAAUGAUGUGCAGCGUCACUUGCCUGCCUAUAUGAGGAAGGCGACGAUUGGCCCUCCCGAAAUACCGGAAUAUGAAAUAUGUCCUGUCUCAAAGCUUAAAGAAUUGGUGAAGAAUGCUAGGGAGGAGGUUCCUGUUCCACCAUCAUCAUCAGCAGUUCCAGUUCCUAAAUUAUAUAAGGAUGCGAGUACUGAGUAUAUUGAACCGGUGUAUGAGUACAUGUGCACGUGCCUGAGUGACUCAGAAAUGGAAACAGGUCGUUUGCUGCAUAUUUUUGCUGAUAAUAAAAAUGUUGACAAGAAGUGGAUCGGUAAGCCUAGACUAGUCGGCGAGGAUUUAUCGCCAUCGUUUAUGGCGCAAGAUCUGGGUGAGUUUGCCACAGCCAGGGCUCAUUCUUUAAUGAAUCUGCUGAAAGACACGCCUGUUCUCGAAGAAAUAUUUGAUAGAGAUAAAUUGAAACAAAAAAGAUCAUGUUGCGAAUAUGAAUAUUGCACUUGCAAAUAGUGUAUUGAGAUCUUGGUUAAUUAAUUUAUUUUUUCUUAUAAGAUUGAUUCCUAUUAAGUUGUUUUUAUACUUAGCUUCCUUUAGCAAUUUAGUAUA